ACUCAUCUCCCAUUCAACCUCAAACACAUGAGUAGUACUUGCACUAUUGCAUGCAGCAGAUCUAUGCCUCACAUCCCAUUGGCUCUUUUCUCAUCCAUAAAACCAAAAGCUAAGAUAAGGUGAUAAGCUAAGAUAAGGUGAUAAGCACACGUGGCCGAAACCCAGUUCCUCUCCCUGACUACAAACACACGCUCUACUCUCUCUCUCUAUCCCUCCAUUUCUCUCCCAAUCACAGCCAAACCAUGGCGUCCCCAACCCUAAUAACUCCCACCUCCAAACUAACAUCACAUCUCUCACCUAUCAAACCCAAAUUCACCACCACCAUCACUGCCACAAACUCCACCAAUGGCCAUCAACCUCGCCGUCGAGAAUUCUUAUCGCUGGCCACUACCAUCCUCUCUCCUGCAUGGCUUUCUGUGGUCAGUACCCCAGCACUGGCUGCUUCAGAUGAAGAGUACGUAAAAGAGACAGAAGAAGUGAUAAACAAGGUCCGAACCACAAUUCAGAUGGAUAAGAACGAUCCUAAUGUGGCUUCUGCAGUGGCUGAUCUAAGAGAGACCUCAAAUUCUUGGGUGGCCAAGUAUAGGAGGGAGAAAGUUUUGCUUGCCAGGGUUUCCUUCCGGGACAUGUAUUCAGCCCUCAAUGCCGUUUCCGGGCAUUAUAUUAGUUUUGGCCCAACAGCACCGAUACCGGCGAAGCGAAAGGCCAGGAUAUUGGAAGAGAUGGACACUGCGGAGAAGGCCUUGUUGAGAGGAAGAUAAAUAGGGCCUAGCUAGUUGAUCAUGGAGGGAAGCAUUUUUUUUUUUUUAAAACCUAUUUUAGGGGUUUUUUUUAUUGUUUAAGAACCCAUUUUAAGUAUUUGAAUUUCAUCUAAAUUGGAGUUUUGAGUUACACAAUGAUGAGGCUGUAGAUGAUCAGUUCUGUAUCUAACUUGAAAACACUGUGAUCAAGAAGCUUGUUGAUCUGUUUAGUGCAUAAUGCUCAGCUAUAUAUCAUCGAGUGUAUUA